UUCAUUCUGUUCAUUAUUUGUAAACACUUCGAGAAUUCGAGAUUAUUCGGCUGCUAAUUUUGCUCACGUUGACUAGUCGUAAUUUCGAUUUCAAGAUUUGUGAAUACUAUCUAAAACCAAUUUUUAUUAGAUUUGAAAUAUAGCAGCUUAAACUUGUCUUCAAUUCAAUGAAAUGGAGUCUUGUGGUCUUACUGCCAAAGUAAAAGAAGAACCUAAUGAUAUGCGUUUCAACGAAAAUGAUAAUGGUGAAACGAAAGACCAAACAUCGGAUUCCAAAAAACUGCAAUACCUCAGAUGUCAGCAAGAAAGAAACAUUCACACGUUGAAUAAAUACAAAGGAGUUAAUGAAUUUCAACCUAUCCAAGAAAUUAAAAUAGAGUUGGAGUGUAAAGAUGUAAAGCCCAGUAUGAGUUUAUUAGUGACUGAUAAAUUGAAGGAUGAAACUCAGGAAUAUUCACUUAACCAAAAAAUUAAAAUAGAAUUCGAAUGCAAAGAUGAAACACAAAUUAAUUCUGGCUGGCAACUCAAACGACCGAAUAUGAAAAUUUAUCCAUUGAAAAAUGGAGAUAAGCAAUCUGUUGAACACAAGACACAUUUGAAAAAGUUUUCUUCGUUGCGUAAUGGUAUCAAUGCAUAA